AUGUCUCUGCCCGCGGAGGCUUUCAUGUCGCAAAUAGCAGCUGCUGAGCCUUGGCCUGAAAAUGCAACCUUGUACCAACCUCUGAAGGAGGAUCAGAUUCUGCUGUCAGACUGUGCCUCGUCUCUCGCUGUUCAGGCCUACCUCAGGAUGUGCGGUCUACCAGUGCAGGUGGUUUGCAGAGUGAAUGCUGAAUAUAUGUCACCUUCUGGUAAGAUUCCCUUUAUCCACGUAGGAAACCAGGUAGUGUCAGAGCUGGGACCAAUAGUACAAUUCACUAAAGCUAAGGGUCAUUCUCUGAGUGAAGCCUUAGAUGAUGUUCAGAGAGCUGAAAUGAAGGCCUACAUGGAGCUGGUCAACAACAUGUUGCUUACUGCAGAGUUGUACAUCCAGUGGUGUGAUGAUGCAACAGCUACUGAGAUCUCUCGUCCCAGAUACAGCAGUCCCUACUCGUGGCCUCUCAGCAGCAUCCUGGCCUAUCAGAAGCAGUGGGAGGUUCGCAGGAAGAUGAACGCCAUCGGCUGGGGAGGAAAGACUUUGGAACAGGUGUAUGAGGAUGUGAGUCAGUGCUGCCAGGCACUCUCCCAGAGGCUCGGAACUCAACCCUACUUCUUUAAUAAACAUCCGACAGAGUUGGAUGCGUUGGUGUUCGGUCACCUCUUCACCAUCCUGACCACCAGACUGACCAGCGCCGAGCUGGCGGAGAGGAUCAAGAGUUACAGCAACCUGCUGUCCUUCUGCAGACGCAUCGAACAGACCUACUUUGAAGACAAGCGGUCCUGAAGGACUGAACGUCCGUCUGACUCUGAACCAUCUCAUCUCAGACAUUCUGUGCUUCCUUCUUUCAUUCCCUCACUGUAAUACCGACGCUCAUAUCCCCUCUACAGUUUUUUUUAGCCUCCUCAUUAGUCUCCGUUUGCUUUGGGCUUGUACAUUGUUGCAUGCUGCUACUCGGAUCCCAGAGGAGUUUUCAGUUUCUUAUUAAAUAAUGUGUUAACAGUGAAUUACACAGGACAGAUGUGUACUCUGAUUCUAAUGAGCAGAUCAUUUUGCUAGUCACACUUACAUGUUUAAGGCUGUUACUACAUGGAUACUGUUGGAAUUUUUUUUUUUUUUUUUUUACACAAAACCAGAUUAAUUCAGUCGUCAUGUAGUCUUUAAACAUUCACAGUCGAUGAAAUGUGAUAAAAUGAUCAUCCAGCGCUAAAAGGAGUUCAGAGAGCGUCGUAUUUGGCCACUCGACCCUUAAGCACAGCCGCCGACUUUAACGGCACUUACAGUUUUUCUUCUAAGCUUCUUCCCCAGAGUAUUCUGCUGUUUAUCUGUGUAUUUAUAAAUACCCACAGUCUCACUAUGAAGAAUUUGGUCACAGCUGUGAGGCAUGAGUAGUCUGGACUCCACUUGAACUGGGUUUGAGGUUUCACUGUUUCCUUUCCCUUUAAGGAACCAUAGAAGCUUAUAAAUAUUAGGCAGCGUUGGAAAUCCAGAAGGGAGUUAUUGGAGUUUUUGUGCAUCAAAGCAAAAAAUGAACAUAUUGAUGAAGUGGAUGUGAUGUAUUCUUUAGUUUUUUUCCAAUGUCGUAUGAAUGGAAAGUGCCUCAAUAAAAGACAUUAAGAACUUA